AGAACCCCUCAUCUAACUCGUCCAGUGGCCGCGCCGUGUUUCUUCGUCGUCGCCGGUUUUCCUUCUCACCGUCUGCGCUUGCAGUUGCAGGCUUCGUCUUCCUCUAACCGGGCUGAUUGUAUUCAAUCGUAUUCGUCUUCAUCUACCUCUUUGUAUCUGACUCUCGUCACGCUUGCUUGCUGUCUCCACUCGAUUACUGUCUUCCUGUUUUAUCGCAGUCCAACAUAUGACCAAAUUUCGGCCAUUGCAUCAAUUGUUUAUCCAAUGUCGAAGAUACUGUUUGACCGCUGCAAUCCCGGCUUCCUCUCAAAUUGCGUAUUACGUUCGCCUGGGAGAAAUCCACACUGCACGAAAACUGUUCGAUCAAAUUCCCGAAAAAACCAUCGCUACAUGGAACUCUAUUAUCUCUGGCUACUUUCAGAACACCCAGCCCGAGGAAGCUCAACGUCUGUUCGAAGAAAUGCCGCAGAGAAAUACUGUUUCUUGGAACGGGCUAAUUUCUGGUUACAUAAAGAACGGAAUGGUGAUGAAAGCUAGACAAGUGUUCGACGUAAUGCCUGAAAGGAAUGUCAUAUCCUGGACUGCCAUGGUUAAAGGUUACGUGAUGGAGGGGAUGAUUUCCGAGGCGGAGGCAUUAUUUUGGAAUAUGCCGGAGAGGAAUGUUGUAUCAUGGACAGUUAUGUUGGAGGGACUGAUUCGUCAAGGUCGAAUCAAUGAGGCAAGGAGUCUUUACAAUUUGAUGCCAGUUAAGGAUAUUGUAGCUAGAACUAGUAUGAUAGGUGGGCUGUGCUCCCAGGGUCAUUUGGAUGAGGCUCGACGGAUUUUCGAUGACAUGCCGCGGAAAAAUGUGGUUUCCUGGACUACAAUGAUCUCAGGAUAUGUGCAAAAUGGAAAGGUAGAUGUUGCUAGGAAACUAUUUGAGGUCAUGCCUGGACGAAACGAGGUUACAUGGACAGCGAUGCUCAUGGGCUACACUCAAUGCGGGAGGAUUGAGGAUGCCUUGGAGCUUUUCAACACGAUGCCAACCAAACCAGUUGUUGCCUGCAAUGCUAUGAUUACGGCAUUGGGGGAGUGUGGAGAGGUGGCUAAAGCGCGGAGAGUUUUUGAUUUGAUGAGGGAAAAAGAUGAAGGGACAUGGAAUGCCAUGAUUAAGAUUUAUGAGCGGAGAGGGUUUGAAUUGAAAGCACUCGAUGUGUUUCGCUUGAUGCAGGAGAAGGGAGUUAGGCCUCAUUUCCCGUCGUUAAUCAGCAUUCUUUCAGUUUGUGCCAGUCUCGCCAUUUUAGAUCAUGGCAGACAGAUUCAUGCUCAAGUGUUAAGAUCGAAGUUAGACAAUGAUGUAUAUCUGUCAUCUGUCUUGAUUACCAUGUACAUGAAAUGUGGUGAUAUGGUCAAUGCCAAAAUGCUUUUCGAUAGAUUCUCCGACAGGGAUGUAGUAAUGUGGAAUGCUAUGAUCACAGGUUAUGCCCAGCACGGUUUGGGAGACGAAGCUCUUGAUUCAUUCAGGGAAAUGGCUUUAUCAGGCAUCCAAGCAGAUGAAAUAACAUUUAUCGGAAUUCUCUCUGCUUGCAGCUACAGGGGAAAAGUUAAAGAAGGGAAAGAGAUAUUCGAGGCCAUGAAGUCAAAAUAUAGCGUUGAGCCAACCACCGAGCAUUAUGCUUGCAUGGUUGACCUGCUCGGGCGAGCUGGCCAAUUGAAUGAGGCUAUGGAUUUGAUCAACGGGAUGCUGGUAGAGCCCGAUGCUGUUGUUUGGGGUUCUCUGAUGGGCGCUUGCAGGAACCACAUGAAUGCUGAUCUGGCUGAAGUUGCUGCUAAGAAACUUCUUGAGCUUGAGCCAAAGAAUGCUGGUCCUCAUGUCCUAUUAUCAAAUAUUUAUGCUUCAAAAGGCAGGUGGGGGGAUGUCGCAAAGUUGAGGGAAAACAUGAGGUCUUGGAAGGUAAGAAAGUUGCCCGGGUAUAGCUGGAUUGAAGUGGAUAAGGAAGUACAUGUAUUUUCUGGUGGAGAGACUAAGUUACAUAUCGAACAUAUGGAGAUCAUUAAGAUGUGGGAGAAGUUAGGUGCGAUGUUGAGAGAGACUGGGUAUAACCCCGAUGGUGCCUUUGCUCUUCAUGAUGUCGAUGAUGAAGAGAAGGCACAGAGCUUAAGACUUCAUAGUGAGAAGUUGGCUGUAGUGUUUGGACUUGUGAAGAUUCCCAAAGGGGUGCCUAUUCGAGUGAUGAAAAACCUGAGGGUUUGUGGGGACUGCCAUACGAGCAUUAAGUUAAUUGCAAAAGUCACCGGACGUGAAAUCAUUGUUAGGGAUGCGAAUAGAUUUCAUCAUUUUAGGGAUGGUACAUGUUCUUGCAAGGAUUAUUGGUGACUGCACUUCCUGAAACAACUCUACUGGAGUGAAUUAAAGGUUUCUUGGUUGAAGUUGCUUUGGAUCUCUCUCGGGCAUCGGAAAUGACACAUUCUCUUAUGUUUUUAGUCGGAUAUAUGCCUGGAGAAUGGCUGGAUUUCUUGCAAGGACCUCAGCUGGGAUUGCAGCUUGCCUGCUUUCCUUUUCCUCCCUCUUUUCUAUAGAGAUGGAGUAAAAUUUCGAUCGCCCCGGGCACAGCACAGCAAUGGAGUGGAAGGAGGCAGAAAGACUCACUAGAACCAUUGAUUGGAGGUGUAAGCUGCAAUCUCAAGUCCAAAAAAGCAGACUAGCUCUAGUCCUGUCAAUGUCCAAAACUGAAUUAACUCCAAAG